AUGUGGGGUGAAAGUACAUCUUCCAACACGACAGUAGCGGGGACCGAAAACGAUAUUGAAAUCGUAGACACUCCCAAUAGCAUUGUUUCGGCGAUGGAAUUCAGUCCAUUUCAGACGAUUCGAAGAAGCUUUCUCGCCACGAGUUAUCACGACCUAACAGUUCGUAUUUGGGAAGUCAGACGGAGCCGCAAAAUCGAGCGAAAACUGGCGAUAGCACUGCCAGCUCUAGUUUUAGACGUCUCCUGGAGUAUUGAUGGUAAAGGUUUUUACAUGGCGUCUGGUGACAACAAAUUGAAAUUCUUGGAUUUGGAAAAUUCAACAUUGAUGUGUCGUUCAAGAGAAUGUCACAUUGCACCCGUAAAAACUUGUAAUGCUAUAAAAGAAAGUAAUUACAAGAAUUGUGUCAUGACUGGCUCGUGGGAUAAAACAAUGAAGAUAUGGGAUCCUAGAUGCAUAGUACCCGUGGUAACCAUUCUUUUUUCCGACAAAAUUGCUUGUGCUGAUGUGGACGACACUAUGAUGGUUGUCUGUACGGAACAAGGGAGAAUUUCCGUUUAUGAACUAGGAAAUUCGAUUCAGAUGGUAAAAGAAUUAAUCACUCCUCUUCAAAGCGAACCUAGUUGUGUUGCAAUAUUCAGAGAUAGGAUAACAGGAAAACCUGCUGGUUUUACUAUCGGAACUCUCGAAGGAUAUAUGUUCACUCUAUAUAUGAUAGACAACCCGAACUACGUAGCCUUAGUCUUAAGAGGUGACGUCGCCACUAAUGUGACGAUGACACCGUCUAUAAAAACCAAUACCGCCAUUAACGAUGUCAAGUUUCAUCCAGUCCAUCAUACAUUAGCAGUUACGAGAUCUAAUGGUCAUUGUUCAUUUUAUAAUACGGAACCAAACCGUAUAUCGAUGCUAUCCGAUAAAUUGUGUCAAUUACCAAUCAUGAAAUGUUGUUUCAAUAAGGACGGUAAAAUUUUUGCUUAUAAUACGGGUCAUAACAUUUCAAAGUAUAAAAUACUAACGAGAAAACAGUUCUGA